AUUAAAUAUGUUUGGAAAAUUCUUCAGACAGUCUCUUGCAAAGGGAAAGAACCUCAAGACUCUGAACAGGCUUUCUGCCAUGAACUUCAGGUCUACUCCAGCUGCCAGCCAGAAAUUGGGCAUCGGAGAUGCUGCUGAUAUUUUGGAGCAGAAGAUUUCAGGAAUUUCACAAGUGAACGAUAUUAAGGAAUUCGGUAAAGUUAUUUCCUUCGGAGAUGGUAUUGCAAGAGUUUUCGGACUUACUAAGGUCCAAGCAGGAGAAAUGGUUGAGUUCUCCUCAGGAGUCAAAGGUAUGGCCUUGAAUCUUGAGACUGAUAAUGUUGGUAUUGUCGUCCUUGGAAAUAAUGACAGAGAUAUUUUCGAAGGAGACUCUGUUAAGAGAACUGGAGAGGUGACAAAUAUCCCCAUUGGAGAGGGCAUGCUUGGAAGAGUUAUUAAUACUUUGGGAGAGGCAAUUGAUGGAGGUGACCCUAUCCACACCACUGAGAUUAAGUCUGUUGAGGCUAAAGCUCCAGGAAUUAUUGUGAGAAAAUCUGUGCAUGAGCCAAUGCAGACCGGACUUAAAUCAGUUGAUUCAUUGGUCCCAAUUGGAAGAGGACAAAGAGAGUUGAUUAUUGGUGAUAGACAGACUGGAAAGACUGCAGUUGCCAUUGAUACUAUCUUGAACCAAAAAUCUGGAUUUGCUGAAGGAAUCGACCCCAAUCAGAGACUCUAUUGUAUCUAUGUAGCUAUCGGACAAAAGAGAUCGACUGUUGCCAAUAUUGUCAAGGUACUCAAAGAUAAUGAUGCCAUGAAAUAUUCCAUUGUCUUGGCUGCUACUGCUUCUGAAGCUGCUCCACUUCAAUUCUUGGCUCCAUAUUCUGGAUGCGCUUUGGGAGAAUAUUUCAGAGACACUGGAAGACACUGCUUGAUCAUCUAUGACGAUCUUUCCAAGCAAGCUGUUGCUCAUAGACAGAUCUCAUUGUUGUUGAGAAGACCCCCAGGUAGAGAGGCUUAUCCAGGAGAUGUCUUCUACUUACAUUCCCGUCUUUUGGAAAGAGCAGCUAAACUUCAUGAAGGUCAUGGUGGCGGUUCUCUGACUGCUUUGCCAAUCAUUGAGACUCAAGCUGGUGAUGUAUCUGCUUAUAUUCCAACAAACGUUAUUUCCAUUACCGAUGGACAGAUCUACUUAGAAUCCGAAUUAUUCUUCAAGGGAAUCAGACCAGCCAUUAACGUUGGUCUCUCAGUAUCCAGAGUAGGAUCUGCUGCUCAGAUUAAGGCCAUGAAGCAAGUUGCUGGAUCCCUCAAAUUGGAAUUGGCCCAGUACAGAGAAGUUGCCGCCUUCGCUCAGUUCGGAUCAGACUUGGAUGCUACUACUCAGAACUUGCUAAACAGAGGUGAGAAAUUGACUGAAUUGCUCAAACAAAAGCAAUAUGUACCAAUGAAAGCACAAGAGCAGGUAUGCUUGCUCUAUGCCGGAGUCAGAGGAUUCUUGGAUAAGCUCGAAACAUCAGAAAUUGCCAAGUUUGAGACCCUUUUCUUAGAAAAUUUGAAUGCUAAGCACACAAACGUGCUAGAUUCUAUUGCUAAGCAUAAGGAAUUGUUGCCAGAAGUUGAUGAAGAGUUGAAGCAAAUCUUGACCGACUUCAUUCCAUCAGCUGGAUUAAAGAUGAAACAAUAAUCUCUAAUAAGAGCACGUUUAUUCAACCUGA